AUGCUUUUUACAAAUAUUACAGACAACCUGAAAACCAAGACGAAUACUUCCUCAAUUAUAAAACUACCACCUGUUAUCAGUUCUUCCAAAAAUGUAAUUCCGAAGUCUAUAAUGACAGGAGUAAGAUUUAUGCCCAAGUUGUGGCCUAAGGAGAUGACAUCCAAGGACCUUAUUGGAAGAUUGCAGUCUACAAGGAGGAAUUACCAGAUUAUGAACACAUACAAAGUUACAUUUAAAGGACAGAUUAAUCAGAACCAUAGUGCAGAGGAAAUCCUUUGCCAUCUUAAGAACAGGGUAAACAUGUCCGCCAUUAUGGCCUCUCAUGUCCAUCUUCAUGCCACGUCCUGGAGCCAAGAUUUGCCUAAGAAGACCAUUCAAGAAGAGAUUGGAAAGCUUGGGCGUUGUGCUGUAGUAACAUCAGCAGGAUCUAUGAGAUUCUCAAAACUUGGCCAGGAGAUUGACUCCCAUGAAGCUGUUCUAAGAUUCAACAAGGCUCCUACUAAAGGAUUUGAGAUUGAUGUUGGAUCAAAAACUACAAUUCGUCUCAUGAAUUCACAGAUUGUUGCACUUCCUAGUUAUACAUUUUUGGAUGAUCCUAUUUAUAAAAGUGGGAUAUUGAUUAUGUGGGAUCCAGCAGCAUAUGAACAAAAUGUAUAUCAGUGGUAUAAGAAGCCGGAAUUUAAAUUUUUUGAACGCUACAGUAAAUAUCGCAAGCAAAACCCUAAUCAGCCAUUUUACAUACUGAAUCCAAAAAACAGCUGGCAGCUGUGGAAUAUAAUACAGGAGAAUUCACCAGAAAAUAUCCAACCAAAUCCACCAUCUUCAGGAUCACUUGGAAUAUUGCUGAUGAUGAAUCUCUGUGAUGAAGUCAAUGUGUAUGAGUUUUUGCCAUCCACUCGCCAAAGUGACCUGUGCUACUAUUAUGAUCGGUACAAUGACCGUGCUUGUACAGUUGGGGGAUACCACCCUUUAAUGUACGAGAAGAAUUUAGUGAUGAAGCUUAACCGUGGAGAUAUGGACACCAUUCACAAGUAUGGAAAGGUGACAUUACCUGGUUUUAGGAACUUGAAGUGCUAA